AAAUAAUAAUGUCAAUAAUAAACAAGAUAAAUAACCUAUAAAAAACGUUGAUAAGCACCGACCAUCAAUUCCAGUCAGUGCAUUGACAAUUGAGCACCCAUCCAAGAUGAAACACCAAGUUGCACCACUGCGCUUGCGCUUGCCGCUGCUUUUGAUAAUAUUUGGGACAAUUGUGGGCAAGGUGGGUGCCUCUCUCUUAGGAAAUGUGCUUAGGGAAAUUAGUCCUACUCGCAGCGUGGAGACCGUAAAGGAAUGGCAACAAUUGGAGUAUGGGUUUGCCUCUGAACAGGAUCGACAGAAGGCGGAAGCAGAUGGUAAUCUGAUGGAAGGAUUUGGUACACCCAUUGAUGUGCAGCCACACUACUCGGCCAAUGGACAGGCGCGUGUGUUUACCACUAUUCCACGUUUCGUCAGUGGCAUACCCUACACACUGGCAACGGUAUCGGAGCAGUUGGGCAGCAAUGGACCCUUGCUACAGCCGUAUCCCAACUUUGCGUGGCACAACAACAAUGGCGACAAUUGUGAUCAGAUCACCUCCGCUUUCCGUGUGGCUAUUACGGAGUGCAAUCAGAUGUGGGUCAUUGAUUCAGGCAAUGUAGGUGGCGUGCAGCAUUGUCCGCCACAGCUGCUGCAAUUCGAUCUGAAUAAUGAUCGUUUACUGCAUCGCUUCCGCCUCCCCAAUGAUACUUAUGUAUCAGGUGCCUCGCUUUUCAUAGCGCCCAAUGUGCUGGUGCGGGAUCCACGGAACAAAUGUGCACGCACCAUGAUUUAUGUACCGGAUGUCACCUAUCACGGUCUCGUAGUUUACGAUCAUCAGGCGAAUGCUGCUUGGCGCAUCGAGAAUCGUUUCAUGUACCCAGAUCCCGAUCAUGGAGAGCAUACGAUUGCCGGCGAGAGUUUCAUUCUGAUGGACGGCAUCUUUACUGUGAAUAAUGACAAACGUAAUCUCUACUUCCAUCCAUUGGCCAGUGUCAGUGAGUAUUCAGUGCCACUGAACGUGAUAAACAGGCGGGAGAACUGGGCGGAUUUUGUAGAUGCUAUGCCGGACCAGUUCCAGUUGCUGGGCAGCCGCGAAAGUCAAUGUGCUGCCUCUGCUAUGGACAGCCGCAACAAUCUCUACUGUGUCACUUUCAAUCCCAUAAAGUUGUUCGCAUGGAAUACGAAUACACCGUACACCGCACGUAACUUUGUUAGUCUGCCCGCCAAUUCCGAUGAGCUGCAGUUUGUCGGUGGCAUGAAGGUUGUGCGAAACAGUCGCGGUCAAGAGGAACUCUGGAUGCUCUCUAAUCGUUUUCAGAAAAUUGCUAGCGGCACUUUAAAUUCCAAUGAGGUGAAUUUCCGCAUUUUGCGCCGCCCACUCGACGAUAUUCAGAGACAAAAUAUCGUAGCCUAGCUUUAGGCUUGAAUGAAUUACCCUCUUGGGAGUAUCUGAUUUAUAAUGACCUUGACGUGAAUGGAAUAAAACAGGCAUAUGUAUGUGUCGAAAAAAAAAUACUUAAUACAAUCUCAAAAGAAGGGUGUGUACUUCCUUCUUUUUAACUUUUAAUAAACAAUUAAUUUUAUUUGAGCGCUA